ACCGCAACCGCCCGGCACCUGAAUAAUAAACAGUUGACGUAAAUCUAGGUGUCCUGUAGUUAAGGAAAUGACCAUUUACAUUUUAAAUGACAGAGCAGGAAUUCCAGUACAGGGGAAGCUCGACUAACGGGUCUUUCCAACGCGUGUCCUUUGGAUCUUUUGCACUGCGGUUGCGGUGACGAAGUUAAGAGGGAAGAAGCUGGUAAACACAGUUUAGAAGAAACGGAAAAACCGGCAAUUCGACUGGCUAUAACUACAGUACGAACAGUACUAAGUUCGGUGACGACUACCCAGCUGUUGGAGAUAGCAGGAACUGGCGCAUCUUUCGAUUUGCUUUUUAAACAAAACAAAAAAAAAACGGAUAAAUUUUAGUAUUGACUUGGGCCGUUUAACGACUGUAUUGUAUUGCGAUUCUUUUAUUUAGCAUAGUCUGUAACAGCUGUUACACUGUAACGCAUUUGACUUCCUUAUUUUCAGUUUAGUUCUUAUCGAUAGGUCUAACAUUGUCGCAUAUUUAUGUGCGAAAAUCAGUGAAUCAACAUAUAUAUAAAACAAACGCCGAUAUUUUAUAUUGUAUUUUAGAAGUUAGCUCGGGCACGUGCAAUGAAGACCUUUGUAUCACUUGUAGUUUUCCUCUCUGGACUGUGGAUUGGCUUUGUUUGCUGUUAUUUCGUUUUAAAUCCCAUUUUAAAAGGCAACCGACUUAAAUUAAUGUCUAUUGCAAGACACAGACAUUACUUGGACAGUUCUGAAAACGCUUGGCUGGAAACCAGGAACGCCAGUAUUGAUCACACACACCACACAGGCGAGGAGAGCACGGUGGCUCAGGUUCUGUUCAGAGAUGUCCGCGUGUUGUGCUGGGUGAUGACUGGACCACAGAACUUGGAGAAGAAAGCUCGACACGUUUAUGCCUCCUGGGCUAAACACUGCAACAAAGUGCUCUUCAUGAGCUCAAAGGAGGAUAAAGAGCUGCCUGUUGUUGGGCUCAACGUCACCGAGGGCAGAGGCCAGCUGUACUGGAAAACCAUCAAGGCCUUCCAACACAUUCAUCAGCAUCAUUUUGAUGAGGCCGACUGGUUCAUGAAAGCCGACGACGACACGUUUGUUGUGGUAGAAAACCUGCGGCACCUUCUUUCUACCUAUAACCCCGAAGAGCCCAUCUAUUUCGGGCGCAGGUUCAGGCCCUUUGUGAAGCAGGGCUAUAUGAGUGGGGGCGCUGGGUACGUUCUGAGCAAGGAAGCGCUGAGAAGGUUUAUUGAGGGUUUCAGGAGCGGGAAGUGCACUCACACCUCUUCCAUUGAAGAUAUGGCUUUGGGAAUCUGCAUGGAAAUCAUGGAGGUCAAAGCCGGGGAUGCCAGGGACAAAAAGAAACGGGAAACAUUUCAUCCUUUUUCUCCUGAAGGUCACUUGAUUAAAAACAUUGGAAUUAAAACAUCAUGGUACUGGGGUUACAACUAUUAUCCCACUACUGAGGGCCCUGGAUGCUGUUCAGAUUUAGCUGUAUCUUUUCAUUAUGUCAGUCCAAGGACAAUGUAUGAGCUCCAGUACUAUACCUACCAUUUGCGUCCUUAUGGCUACAAGUACAGAUAUAAUCCGGAUUCAGUGCCUAGCAGGCAUGCAAUGCCAACACCUAAAGCAACACCUGUGAAACUUAAGAUCUUGGAGGGAAAAAAUGCAGCUAAGCGGAGUUCAAUAACUGAGAAGAGAGAUGAAACAGGUCUGUACAUUUCUCAGACUUAAAGAUCGGAUCUCCAUUCACUGCUGCUUCAACAGAUUGUUUACUUUUCCUUCGGACUAAAACCCUAGUAUGGAGUUCCACUGCGUCUGAGCCAUAAUGUUGUAAAAAAGAAAGGUAAUCAUAUUUCUUAUAUAGGGGGUUGUUAGAACCGAAACGCAUCCCGCUCUCUGAAACACUUCUUUAAUUUAAAUGUUCUUUUAUCUGGUUGGAAAACUGAGAUCUUAAACUAGGAAAAAUUUCAACUUGUUAACAUAUAAAAGAUGUUUAAUAGUAAAACAACAUCAUUGUAAAUUGCAACAGUGACCAACAAGCACCCACAUGCGGUGCUUUAUGUACUGUAUGCAGUCUUUUAGGGCUGAAGAGCUAGUAAAUAAACAUAACUCAACAGCAUCUUUUAGGUUUGAGAUUCUGUUUCUGUUUAAUGUUUUACUAGCUUUGUAAUUAAAACUAAAUAAUAUGAAGGUGUUUUGAGAUAAACUGUGUUUAAAGCAGUUCUGAAAGUUCUUAUUGCCCCUUCACUACAGCCACAUCUCUAAAUACCCUUGGAGAUAAAUAAACAGGCGGAGUGUGUUUGUUCUAGGUAAAUGAAGAAAGCAAACUAUCCUUUGACCAUUUCUUGGGUUUUGACUAAUUGUGGUUUAAAAGCAAGAGUGCUUUCAGGUUUGGUGUGGUGGUGUGACGACCAGUUAGUGCUGGUUCCUCACAGCUUCAGGGUUCAGGGUUGCUGGGUUGUCUUCUGUGUGACGUUUGCAUGUUCUCCCCAUGGCUGCCUCCCUCUGAUGAAAGACAUACCUACGGGCAUCUCUAUCCUGUAAUGGACUGGUAUCCCAUCCAGAGUGUUUCCUGCCUGUCACUGUGAUCAUUGAACUAAACAGUUUCUGAAAAUGAAUGAAUGCGCCCAGGCGUUCUCUCUGAUAUAAUGCAAUUACCUCACCAGGGCAGGAACACUGGCUGUGCGUCACGUUUGCUCAAGAUGAAAGAGCAGAUGCGGCCCAGAUAAAUAUACUUACAAUAAAGCUUAAUAAAAUUACACAAAUUUUGUUAAAAAUGCAUAAAAUGUUCACAUCAUGCAGACAGUGUUGUUAAAAUCUUAUGCAUCAGUCCUAGUUGUCUAGUACACUUUUACAAGAAGAGGUAUUGAUAGGGUAGCACUGAAGGUAGAGUAUUUCCUCAUUGGAGUAAUUUGAUUGCCUGGCAUUAAAAGGUAACCAGAUGCAUCUUGGUCCAUGCUCAGGCAAUCAGCCAAUAGGAGAGACCCUCUCAGUCACGUGAAGGAAAGCAAGUGGAAUUCUGUGUGAUGAACAUCCCUGAACCUUUUCGACAGCUCAAUUUAAUAAAAUGUCAAUUUUUA